AUGGCCAAGGGGGCGCUCUACAUCUACAUGAUGUUCGCGCUUGCACUGACGAGCUGCGCACUCGCGGGCCGCGUCCUCAACGACCAUCCCGCGGCGCCUCCGUUAGAGACCGAUCCAUUGCCGGGGCCGACCGACCCGCCUGUCGACCCAGAGGUAGUGCCGGUCCCCGCGCCCACGGCGGCGUUGCCUUUGCCAUCCAAUGCCGCGGGCGCCGCUGGCGUAGCUCCGGCCGCUGGCGUUGGUGCAACGGCCAACGUAGGAGCCGGCGACAGCCCCCUGACGUUCUUCAUGCAUGACAUCCUCGGCACCUCGUCGCAGACGUCGGCGCUCAUGGUGACCGGGGUGGUGGCGAGCGCCGACGGCCUGGCCAGCGGCAACGACGUCGUCCCCUACGACAGCCUCGUCCAGAGCAACGGAAACGCCGUCAACGGCGGCUACAAGAACACCAUCCCCUCCGUCAACGGUUCUGGCGGUGGCGACACGCCCCAGACCCAGAACCUCCUCCUCGGCAUGACCACCGUCGUGGACGAGGAGCUCGCCGGGGGCCAUGAGCUCGGCGCCGCGGCCGUCGGCAGGGCGCAGGGGUUCUACGUCGCGAGCUCGCAGGACGGCAGCAGCAAGACGGUCGUGCUGACGGCCAUGUUCGGCGGCGAAGUGCACGGCGACACGCUCAGCUUCUUCGGGGUGCACCAGUUGGCGGCGCCGGAGUCCCGCAUCGCCGUCAUUGGCGGCACAGGGAAGUACGAGACCGCCAAGGGCUUCGCCGCCAUCCGCACGCUGCACCCCGGCGACCAGCACGCCGCCGACGGCGUCGAGGGCCUCCUCCAGUUCGACAUUCACCUCUCCUGA